CAUCGUCUGCUACAGACAGUUAACAAAGCAAAAAAAAAAAAUAGUACAAAAAUAAAAUAUAAAAGUUAAGAUGCAAGUGCAUCGUCUUAAAUUAUUGGCGGGCUCUGGUGGAGCAUUGUUAUUUGGCAUUCUAUUCGGUUGGGUUAUAUUUCCGCAGUUAUUGAAAUUUAUGAUAUCGAAGCAAGUUACCCUAAAACCGGGCACAGAUGUACGCGAGCUUUGGUCUAAGACGCCGUUUCCGCUACAUUUCUAUAUUUAUGUUUUCAAUGUAACCAAUCCCGAGGAUGUAGCUCAAGGCGGCAAGCCACGCCUACAAGAAAUAGGACCUUAUGUGUUUGACGAAUGGAAGGAUAAAUAUGAUUUGGUUGAUGAUGUUGUCGAGGAUACAGUGUCCUUUAAUAUGCGCAAUACUUUUAUCUUCAACGCCAAAGAGUCAAGUCCGCUAACAGGCGAGGAAACUAUAACAAUACCACAUCCUUUGCUACAGUUUGCUGGCAUAUCGGUGCAACGUGAGCGUGCCGCAAUGAUGGAGCUUAUAUCCAAAGCAUUGACAAUUGUUGUGCCCGAUGGCAAAGCCUUUAUGACGGAUGCAUUUAUGAAAAUAUUCUUUCGUGGCUUUAAUGUCGACUGCAGCUCGGAGGAGUUUGCUGCGAAGGCGCUUUGCACGGUUUUCUACACGGGCGAGGUAAAGCAGGCAAAGCAAGUGAAUCAAACGCAUUUUCUAUUUUCAUUCUUUGGACAGGCCAAUCAUUCGGAUGCGGGUCGCUUCACCGUUUGUCGCGGCGUUAAGAACAACAAAAAGUUGGGCAAGGUGGUCAAAUUCGCCGAUGAGCCCGAGCUGGACAAUUGGCCUGGCGAUGAGUGCAAUCAGUUCAUAGGCACCGACUCCACUGUCUUUGCUCCAGGCAUGAAACGUGACAUGGGUCUUUGGGCAUUUACUCCAGACAUUUGUCGCUCCCUGGGCGCUGUAUAUCAACGCAAGAGCUCGUAUCAUGGCAUGCCCUCAUCUCGCUUCACUUUGGAGCUGGGCGAUGUGCGCGAUGAUGAAAAGUUGCACUGCUUCUGCGAUGAUCCCGAGGACUUGAGCACAUGCCCACCCAAGGGCACAAUGAACUUAGCUCCCUGCGUCGGCGGUCCCUUGAUUGCAUCGCUGCCACAUUUCUAUGCCGGCGAUCCCAAGCUGGUGGCAGCUGUGGACGGCGUGCAUCCCAACACCAAAGAUCAUGAAAUCUACAUAGACUUUGAACUGAUGUCGGGCACGCCUUUUCGAGCUGCCAAGCGCUUGCAGUUUAAUUUGGACAUGGAACCGGUGCAAGGCAUAGAACCUUUGAGAUAUUUACCCAAACUUAUAUUGCCCAUAUUCUGGGUAGAGGAGGGCGUGGAAUUGAAUAAGACCUACAGCAAUAUGGUCAAGCAUACGCUGUUUCUCGGCUUAAAAUUCAACUCUGGCCUACGCUGGACACUCAUAACGCUCUCGUUGGUGGGUCUAAUGCUUGCUGGCUACUUGUUCCAUCAGCAAUCGGACAGCGUAGACAUAACGCUGCCGCCGAAAAUCAUCAAGGAGCCCAAUAAGGUGGCCGAUGUGGCCAAAGUUGUGGUGCCAGCUGAGGAGAAAUCUCAGCAGCCAACUGUCAAUAUACCUGGCACUAAUCCAAGCCAACUCCAGCUUAAGCUGGAGCAACGCCACAGAGAGCACUAUUAAGUAGUCAAAAAGUAGAGAAAUAAAUUGUUAUUGUUGUUGCUGUUAUCGUUGCACCCCGUAGAGUAAGCACGCGCUAAUAAAAUGGCCUGAAACCCACAGUCACAUCAGCUGUUUAAUGGAGCUGUCAAACUGGUUUAAGCCACAACACUGAGCGCGAUCACACUUGACUUGGAUAUAUCUUUGCUGCAGUCCACAGAGCAAAUGAAUGACAACAAUGAUCAGACAGACAAUGAGUGAUCAGCCAAUAGCUUUGUUAAACGAUCACCAGUUAGAACUAGCUUACAGCUAACUGUCGCGCUUAUGAUCUAAUGAUCAAGUAUUAUGUAGUUUCAAUUGUCGCAAGUCAUUAAAAUAGUUCAAAAACAAAAAUUAAAUAUAAACAAUAAGUUUGCGUUUUGU